UGGACUAGAUACCUCCUGAGGUCCCUUCCAACCCUGAGAUUCUAUGAUUCUAUGUCUUGGGCUGUUUACACUCUGCCUCUCUGAAAGCCACCUGCAGUUUCAUUGGAUACAGGAUUCUUCUACACUUCCUGGUUGUGAUAUUGGUGUGUCAAUUAACCAACUGUCAUCAUCCACCCAAGAAGCAGCUGCAUUUCGGUAGUGGCUGUUGUGAUUCCUGAGCCUAGUUUGUAAAGUAUUCAGAGACUCUUGGGUUAAGAAAAUGCAACAGGCAGCAUUGUCGUUCCACUGAAGCCAGGGGAGGUGCUGAAGGGACCGGGGUUGGGCUGCUUGUCAGGGGCAGCAAGAAGAAAACAGGGAGAUGAAAUGGGAAGCUGGGGUGGGUCACUUCACUUCAAGUCACUUCUUGAUGCAGCCUCACCACUCCAGCUACACCUAGAGAAAGUUAUUAACUGGAUUCAGGGAACAGAUGGUUACCCUGGCGUUAGGCACCUGUGGGAAGCAAGAGCCUGAAUUAGCUGCAAACCAGAGAUUUGUAUGCAUCAGCCGUCUGCUCUGUGCCUUCUGUGGGGUGCUGUCUUGGAAGAGGAGGGUCGGACUCGGAAGGGGCUCAGGCCUCUCCCUGCAGGCUCCGUCGCACAUACCGAACUCGAAUGAGGAGUCACGUUUCCUGUGGGAAAACCAUCGUCACUGUUUUCAGGCACUGGGGGGCCAUUUGGCAGUUAGAAGAAUAGGGCCCGUAUCCCGCCUCUUGUGCAUUUCCUUAGAAGGCAGAGACUGGCCUGACCAUCGAGAAUGGAUGGAAACCAGGUGUCCAGGCAUCUGAGCUCAACUUGGCUUGGCAAGGGGCCAAUGUUGAUAAACUGUGUCCAGCUGCCUCCAAAACCCCUCUGCUGGGGAGAAGGGUUUGCGCUCACCACACCGCCCCAGAGGUGAAAGGCCCCUUACACAGGGGUGAUGCCUGAGAUCCCCACUUGGGCCUUCUGCACUCUGCUGGUCCCAGGGGCCCGUCGUCUUGGAGGUGAGUGGAAAGGGGACAGGCUCCAGGCCUCAGUGACACGUUUGGCAGCAGAGCACAGGGCACACAGGGGCUGGAGAGCCAGGGCACACAGCUUCCCAGUCAGUGACUAGACCCUGCCUGGCUCCAUGCUGGUCCUUUGCUCCCUUCCUCCCUCUAGGUUUAUAUAAAGGGCUGAUCCCUUCCUCACCAGGUCACCCAUUCAGUAGCCGCCUCCUUACCCCGCCAUUGGAAAUGCUCCUCAAGAGACAGGAUAAUGCCCCCUGGCAAUGGCUCUCAACCUAUUCCAUCUCCCCAAUUAGGGUCGUGGCCCCCUGACCCUGUUUGCAACCAUCUGUGGGUCAUGCCCCUCAGGCUGCGAUGCCUGCAGAGAGGAGAAGCAUCACUGAUUGCAGAAGGUCAGACUUGAUAACCCAUAUGGCAUUUCCCAGCUUCUACUUUCCAGGGCUCAUCCCACUGCUCUCGGGAAGCUGAGUUUUGUUCUGCAUUCUGGCUUCCCGUCCUUUCUCCGUGGUGAGAGGCUGUUCCAUGCUUAGGGAGAUGUUCUCCGGGGCCCAGCUGGAUCCAUUUCUAUGGUUGCAAUGCCCUUUGAGUGGUUUCCCAAAGUCAAGGACAGACAAGCUAGGCCAAGUGAGUCCCAGGCAGUCAGUGCCCCUGGGCAGCACAGACAGCCCUAGUCAUGGUGGUUGAAAGAAUUAAAGGCAACGUCAUGCUGAGUCUUCAUCCCUCCAACGCAAUUUCUGAUUAAAAGCACUGGUUAGAAAAUAGAUGUGCAUUUCUCAUCUCUUCCCCCAUCUGCAAAGAGCCUCUAAUUGGGUUUGAGUUGAUUUCCUGCCUUCUAAGCCACCAUCAGGGAGAACAUUAUCUCUGAAGAACCUGAUACGUCACAGCUGGUAGUGCCAGUUACUGGAGCAGCCUAGACCAUCUGCUGCUCCUGGGGGUGGGAUUUGCGUGGCUGCAAAUGGCCACGGCUAAGUGCAUGGGCGUGUUUCUGGGCAAGAAAAAACAAAUUAAACUCAGCUGCUGUGUCACGUAGGCCAGGGUUGCAUUUGGAGCCGCCCUGUUCAAGGAUGCAGAAUUAGAUUCACAAAGUGAGGUUUUUCAUGAACAGCUAAAGCCAAGAACAUGAGCAAACUGAAAGGGACGUCCUACCUCCUGCCACGCUCCACUGGCAAACCCAGCUGCUGCAUUGGAGUCAGUGGGGACAGGUCCCCAGCCGGUGUGAUUCAAUGCUGAUUUACACCAGUUGAGGACUUGAGCAAAAAUCAUUAUAUCAUCAGAACAAACUUUCAUUGGCUGAAUGCAUCCCUGAGGGUAGAAAACUCUUAUCUAACAAUAAAGCAGGGUGACGUUUUUAGACCUAACAGUGUUUGUUGGAAACGGCUGAUGUGAUGAACGUUCCAUGGGAAUGUGCUGAUUCCAUCGAAACGUUGGGAAGCCGGGCAGGCAGGUCGGUUGAUCAGGUGUCCUGGCUGGCUGGCUGAUGGGUGGGCAGGCUGCCCAGCGCCAUGGGUGGCCUGGGCGCCAGCCCUGCUGCCCAGCUCCUGGGCAUUGUGGCCAAUGGAAUUUCUGGGAUACUGUUCCAAUAGGAAGUGAAACAUCGACACCCCAGAAUUUUCCAGGAAACGGGAUUUCCCCUUUCCAGCCAGCUCUGAUAGCAACUCCUGAGAGCAGCGCAGCGGCUGGGCAGGUGUCCCAAACACACAGCCUGCAUUCUCUCCCCCAGGAGUGGUCGGACCUGAAGUGCCGUGGGCUGAGGAACAUCAACGCCUAUGUGCUGGUGUAUGACAUCUGCAACCCCGAGAGCUUUGAGUACGUGACGAUGAUCCAGCAGCAGAUCCUGGAGAACAGGACAGGUGGCGCCAGUGAGGCCCCCAUCAUCGUGGUGGGGAACAAGCGGGACCAGCAGAAGCAGCGCUUCACGCCGCGUCGGACGCUCUCGGUGCUGGUGAAGAAGAGCUGGAAGUGUGGCUACAUGGAGUGCUCGGCCAAGUACAACUGGCACAUUGUCCUGCUCUUCAAGGAGCUGCUGAGCAGUGCGCUGGCCCAGGGCUGCAAACACCACCACUCCUGUAUGCGCCUCCAGGGGGCGCUGCACACAACCAGAUGCAGCCUCAUGUGAGCCAUGCUGCCAGCCACCUCCAGGGGGCGCUCCCUCUGCUCUGUGGGUAGAGUGGGGGCGGGUUGGGAACUGGUUACCCAUCCCCACCUGAAAUGGGCUGUGUGCCGAGGGGACCCUCCCACCACCACCUUGCCUCUCCUGGCCCCAGGGGUUCCACUGUUCUUGAUUGUACCAGUGCAAAAAAGGACUCAUUGUUCUGGGCUCCUGUGGCCCAACUUCUCAGGGACUGAGCACAUGACGCAGGCUCCGGAGCAGAUGGGAAUGGGGAUGACCUGAGCGUGGCCAAAGACACAAGUGUGGGCCUCAUUAUGUAAACGUGAACCCCAGAGCUGGCUUAUGGUGCUGAUGUGGGGCAGAGCAGAGGGGAUGCUGAGGUUGCAGAUAUGAUGGGGGACAGAGAGUGGAGGGAGAUGUGAUCUGCCCACCCCCUACCCUAAAGCCUCCACAGCUGAGUGCUGUACCACCCAAAGGAGCUCAGGUCGGGUGCACGAGGGCUUUGUAUGGAGAGAAUCCCUACUGGGCAAAUUCUGCAGGCGCCGAGGCCCACAGGCCUCGGCAAGUGUGUGUUGGGGGAGGUUUUGCUGCUGCCUUGUCUGCAAACAGGGCUCCGUAGCCUCCCAGACACGUUCCUUAGCUGUGACUCUUUGGCCAGUUGGUUUUACGCCCAUGUUGGGGCAAGGGCAAAAUGUUUUCAACAAAACUUUUUUUUUAACAAAAUAUUACAAAAUGUUGCAGCCUUUUCAACCAAACCAAACAUGAGAAUUUUAGUCAAAAUGUUUUUUUAUUUUAUUUUAUUAAACCAUUUUAAAAAUGUUUUGGUUCAUGUGGGUGGGGGGAAAGCUCCCCGUUGCUGCCACUGCCCCUCAACCUUCAGUUGAACCAAAAAAGGGGUUAGUUCCUUGUUAGCGGGUUGGAAUUGACUUGCCUGGUGGGGAGCAGCUCCGGCUGCUGCGUUGGUGAGACCUGGGCCUGGCAGUGUCAGUGGUAGCCAGACAGAACCACACAGUUCCCUCCCUCUCCGCCUUGUCCCACCCCAGUGACAGCACCAGCCCUCUUCUCUUCCUGCUGAACCGCCUGCGGGACACAAGGAAGGGUUGAGUGGUUGUAAAGGGAGUGGUUCCAGUUCCUGGGGUCUCAAAUGCUGAAUGCUGUCGGGACUCAGCAACUGGGUGGGGGACAAUGGGGUGAUUAAUGGGGAGCUGGGAUUGCUGGUGCUGUGCUGGCUGGAUGGGGAGGGGUGAGCUCCUCCAGCUCCUCGCUCCACCUGACGAAAUGAACUUUCAUGCAGCUGUUUUAAGGGCUGCUGCGUGGGCUGUAAGUGCUGCGUGAGGCCUCGGCCUGGCCCCUGCAGCAGGGAUGGGGGAGGGGGGACACCCAUGGCAAUGUGCUCAGGCACCCAAGUGCGAUGGGAAACUUCCUAGUCCACGACUUGCUGGCCUAAGCUGAGCAGUUCAUGCCCACGUGCACUUGACCAUCUAAAGCCCACGCAGGGGCUAAGCAACAGGGGUGCCAUGUCAGAUUUGG